AUUACGAUUGCCCUUUAAUUUUCCGGGUCAGCUCGAAUUUUGUAAGAGUUUUCCUGAGUUUCUGGUAAAUACAGUUAUAGUUUAUUUCAGAAAAUUUAACUUACGAGUUCCGUUAUUUGUGCGUCGCUUUGUUCGAGGCUCCGGGAACCUCGGAUCUGUUUCUUUGUUCCGCGGCCGCUCGGCCCUAUUCGGUUCUUGUCGUUCCGCGGAAGAAUGGACGAGGCAGCCUCGGCCACGAAGGCACUCGGGCUGGAUGAACCGCCCAUCGGUGGGUCGGUGGAGGGAGUGGGCUCGGAUACGGAGUCGGAGGCCGAAGUCGCUCCGAUGUCUGUGAUAGCGGAACCGCGAAACAUUGACAUGAGAGCCGAGCACCUCCCGAACUCAGACGAGGCCGAAGCGGCAUUCGCAGAGGUGGCUGCAGUGACCGUGGCGGAUGUUCAGGCUGCAGAAGACAAUGUUUUCACCACCACAGUAGCUACGUCAGCAAGCCUUCCUGAGCACGUUCUGAGUGGCAGGACCACUUUGCAGCUGGGCGAAGGGCUCAGUAGCCAGAAGGCCACCCUGAUUGUUGUUCACACUGAUGGCAGCAUCGUGGAAGCAACGGGCCUCAAAUCUGCCGCCACCAUCACAUCCGGCCCUCAGACUCCACCCACUCCUCUGACUCCGCUGCAGGACAAAGACUCUUGCUCCAAAUACAACUGGGACCCAUCGGUGUACAACAACGAGCUGCCAGUCCGCUGCAGGAAUACGAGUGGAGUCCUGUACAAGAACCGGCUGGGAUCAGGGGGCAAAGGUCGUUGUAUCAAACACAACCAGCAGUGGUUUGCGCCGACUGAGUUUGAAGCUUUGGCAGGAAGAGCGAGCAGCAAAGACUGGAAGAGGAGCAUCAGAUACGCUGGCCGACCUCUGCUCUGCCUCAUACAGGAGCAUAUUCUGAACCCUCAUGCUGCUUCCUGUACCUGUGCCGCCUGCUGUGAUGACCUGACACAUUCACCAAAGGAUGGGGACUCUGUUACACCAGAAAAUAUCACCAUGACCGGCCCUGUCCGUCUCUUUGUUCCUUACAAAAGACGGAAGAAGGACAACGAGCUCCCAGUUGUUCCAGUAAAGAAGGAUCUCAGCCCCCUGAAGAAUAUCCAGCUGACUCCAGGAACCACGUUCACGGUGUCCCCGUCGGGGCAGUUUGCUACCUCCAACACGUUGACCUUUGACCGUACGCCAACAAGCGACGCCGCCUCGGCCGCCAUCAUCUCAGAUGGGUCAGCACAGAGCGACGUGUUUGCCAGCACCACAGUGCUAACAGCACUGCCAGCUCUGGCUGUUGCUCCUCAGCCCAUCCAAGCCAAAGUAGCAGUGGGCUCCGCGGCAUCAUCACCGUCGGCAACGCUGGUGGCGGGGCUGGAAGUGGCGCCUGUAGGGGACGCAUGUUCGGCCGUGAAUGAAGGAGAGAAGAACACCUGGGUAUACCUGGAGGAACUGGCGAACACGCUGAUGAGCAACGUGCAGCAGCUGAAGGCCCUGAUAGAACAGGCCAAAAACGGUGCUGGGGAGCCAGCAGGGGUCAAAGGUCAGGGGAGCAGGAAGGAGUGUGGGUUGGGUCAGCCAUUCCAGAACCAGAUCUCGUUUCAACAGCCAGAUGACUCUGAGGCCAAAAGGAGCUCUGACAUCACAGAGAUCAUCAUCAACGAGAUGUGUGUGAACUGUGGCCGGAUGGCGAUGAACGAGUGUACUGGAUGUCACAAAGUCAAUUACUGCUCCACAUUCUGCCAGAGGAAGGACUGGAAGGAUCACCAGCAUUUAUGCUGUCAGUCAUCAGGGGGCGUCGCUGUUCCGGAGGAGGAGCCAAUCACAGCCAUCGACAUGGACAAAGUGAAAUAAAGGUGGAGCUAGCUGCACUGCUGCUCCUCCUCUCCUCUUCAGCUGCUCCGGGUUUAACAAUAACAACAGUUACUCCGAUCACUUUAUCACAUUAUCACAGCGGCAACUAGUGCUUAUGAGAGGAACUGCAUCUGAGCAAACUGAACAAUAGUUAAAGUUCAGUAGAUAACUGAAAUAUUGGAGCUCAGUACUUGGUAUACCAUGCUGUGUGGUAAAAUUGUCAAAUCAAACUCUGAAUAUUACUAGAUGUCUAUUUUUUUAUGACCUAGUUUGUUGGACUUUUAUUCAAUAUCACAAUGCUUUUAUUUAGGGCCUUUCCUGAGACAGUGUUCACUCUGCUAACUUGUUGCCAUUUUGACUCUUCAUGAAGAUAUUUGCCUCUCUACCACCAGGCCUGCUAAAAUGAGAAUGAGACACAUCAAAGAUAAACGUUCUCUCACGUAUGUUACAGUGGCCAUGUGCUGAAAACUGAAAAUAGAAUAAUCUUAAAUGAGGACAAAAAAGUCUUUGUCACAGGUGUGCUUUUUUCUCUGUUCUUUCUCCUAAAAUAUUUUUAUAUCAUUAAGUCAAGUUUGUUUGCAAAGCACAUUUCAGUAACGAGGCGGUUCAAAAUGCUUUUACAUGAAAGUGAUAAAGAAAAAACACAAAGAAUCAACACAUAAUACAUUGCAGCGGCAAAAUGAAGAGAAUUAGUAAAAAGUUGCAAUCUAGACAAGAAUUGAUCUAUGUUCAUGGUUUUAUUAUCCAUACUGUAUUUUAAUUGGGUUUUGAUAUAUAUAGCUUUGAUUUGUAAUCAUCUGUGUAUGCUGCCAGCCUUGGUCAGGUCGCCCUUGAAAAAGAGAUUUUUAAUCCUAAUAAGACAUACCUGGUUAAAUACAUACUUAUUACUAAUCAAACGCAAAUCACUCACUGUUUCAGCAGGUGUGCAGUUUUCUAGAAGACCAAUUUUGUAAAUGUAUUUAUGUGGCUCUGGAGGUCCAAGUCAGAGUUCAUCUUUACACCAAGUUUUAAACUUAUCUCUGGUUUCCAGCUGUAAUAACUGAAGUUGUGCAUUAACUCUACAUCGUUCCUCUUUAGAUCCAAAGAUAAUAACUUCAGUUUUGUUUCUGUUCAGCUGAAAUAAGUUAUGGCACAUCUAUGCAUUGAUUUGUUCUAAGAAUCUGCUAAACUUUGAAUUGUUUCAUAGUCUUUGAAUUGGUUACAUUGUAACGUAGAGAAGUGUGUCAUCUGCUUACUUAAGGUAAGUGAUCUUACUACAUAAUAUAAUCUGAGCCAGUGGAGGGCAUGUAGAUUUUAAAUAUGAGGGGCCCUAGAAUAGAACCUUGGGGCACCCCACUUGUGACUUUUGCCUGCUCUGAUGAAAAGUCAUGUCAGCGGUAAGUCAUUGUUAAGAAUUAUUUUGGUCCUAUUUUCUGUCAUUAUUCCCACAAACCCUUAUAAAUUUAAAGUGAACCAUUGAUAGAGAAUAAUAAACAAGCAGUAAGAGUUUUAUCUAGAGUUUAUUCAAUGUCCUAACAAGAAACAUCUUCAUUUUAAACAAUGGAAAACAGACAAAAUACAACAACAAUAAUUAUGUAAUAAGCCCAAAAUCGUUACACAGUGUUGGUAGAUUUUGAUUUAAAAUGACAGAGAAUCUGUUAAAGGUCAUUUUUCAAAGACAAAGUUGAUGAAAUACGAGUAAAAAUACGAAAGGUUGGUCAGCGGUUGUAAGAAUUGUUUGAUGCUGUAAUGCUAAUGAAGAACAAAAUUCUACUGAUUAUGGGGAGGAGGCAAAUAUUUUUGACAUUCAAUUUUAAUUACAUGUAAAUAAAAAC